UUAUCAGUCACAUGACUAAGCAUCCGCACUAGAUUAUAGUCUCUCAUAACCUGAGAUAUUUUUGGGUGUUGGCUCUAUAUAUUGUUAAACCCUAGCCGCUUCGUUUGUAUUCAUUCGUUUCCUUCGGUCUUAACCCCUCUUCCUUUCACUGAGCUUUUUGUAGACCCAAAAGACUACAAAUGGCUUUCUCUGGUAAACUUGGUGGCCUCCUUAGGCAAACCAUUUCUCAGAAUAUACAGUCACCCAUGGCAUCUAUGCUUAAUUCUGUUCGUUGCAUGUCAUCAAAGCUUUUUGUAGGAGGUCUUUCAUAUGGAACUGAUGACCAAUCACUAAGAGAUGCAUUUUCUGGCUUUGGUGAUGUUACUGAAGCUAGGGUUAUAUGUGACCGAGAAUCUGGUCGGUCGAGGGGUUUUGGUUUUGUUAGCUUCUCCAGCGAUGAUUCCGCAAGCUCAGCAUUGACUUCCAUGGACGGUCAGGCUUUACAAGGAAGAAACAUCCGUGUAACGUACGCUACCGAACGAUCUGGCCCGCCUCGUAACAACUUUGGCGGCGGUGGCGGUGGCGGUUACCGUGGUGGUAACUCUAGGGAGGAUGACUUUUAAGCUCUGCUCGCGUGGUGUCGACUGGUUUCCGGCUUUAAUAGUUUCUUAGGUUUUAUGGUUUCAUGAUUAUUUAAUUAAUUAGCUGAACUAUGGAAUGUUUAUGUUCACUUUAUACAAAGUGUUUGCCGGUUUCUUGUUA